AUGAAGGGCCCCAGCAGCCUGGCGGUGACAGCCUUGGCUCUGCUCCUGGCGCUGUCGGUCCUGGGAAACUCCAGCGGCGCUCCGCAGAGACUCUUUGAGAGGAGGAACUGGACUCCCCAAGCUAUGCUCUACCUGAAGGGCGCACAGGGCCGCCAUUUCAUCUCCGACCAGAGCCGCAGGAAGGAGCUCGCAGACCAGCGGCUGCCUCCAGAAAGACGAACCCCACAUCUUCAGCUCCUGACUCUACCACAGGCUGCAACCCUGUUGCUGGCUUCCUUGCAGAAACCACGAGAAGGUGAAGGAGAGAAUUUUGAUCAAAACAAAUUCCUGGAAGACAGACUGCUAAACUGGUGAAAAUGUACCAGGGCACAUUCAUGGUAAAAACUGUAGCCACAUGAUUAGGACCUGUGCACACUUCCUUCCGUGCCUGUAACCUUAGAUACCUGCACCCCUAGGUUUAGUCUCCCAAAAGCAAGACACGUGGAGUUCUAGGCUGGAUCACCGUCAACUUCUUCUACUCGUCAACUUCUUCUACUGCUUUGGGUUUACAUCACCCAUGUCUUCCGUAGGCUUAGAUUGUAUAUGGCUGUUAGAGUGCCUUGACUGGGAACUCAGAAAUGUUUUCUUUUCCCUGUAGUCAGGCCCUGUCCGGAUCCAGGCAGUUUGUUCCUCAUCCCAUCACCUUUUGCACUUGGGUGUCACUCAGCAACAAUCCCCCCACCCCCCCCCGUCCUCCCGUCUCAUCCCCAGUAAGGUUUGGUAGGACAGGAAGGCGGACAGUGUAUCUUUUUGUGACUCACCUAAAGGAGGUCAAUUAAGGGGGAAGAUGGUGAGAUAAUGCCUGGUACAAAGCUCCCAUGAAAACACGUAUCAUCUAUUGCUGCUGAAACGGGGGACCCUCCGUGAUGCUGAAACCCUUGGAAGGUCUGUGAAGACCCAAGGCUGGGAGCCUCUUGGUGUUCCUAGGGGAUCUAACUGAAUCCCACUUAGACAUUUGGACCUUAAAGUCACUGGCAUUUAAACAGAUGAUGAUGGAGUUUGCCAGAGCCACACAAAGGUACAAACCAGUUUGAGGUGCCCUGUUUUCUAUGGCUAAAAGAGACUUCAUCUUGACUUUACAUUAAGGUACACCCCAUGACAUAAGUGUAUUCCAUAUGCAUGGAUUUAUCCAUUUCCAAAUCCAAAUACAUGUUCAGGCACACACACACACACACACACACACACACACACACGGUGGGAGGACUUGGGGGUGAGAUCCCUACAACAAGCAAAUUUACUUGGAAUUACAGCAUGAUCACCAUGAUAUUUUUACCUAAUCAAUUCAGAGUCAUUAACUAUAAGUGCCCAAGUGACAAAUAUUGAUUCUUAUCCUCCCCAACUUACAGCCAUUACUUAGUAGCUACAGAAUAUCUUUAUGUGAGUAUCUCUGUAAUCUGAAAUUUUAACUAAACUGUGUUAAGUAAUCAAAACCAUGUGUAUAUGCUGUGGGAUGUUCUGUAUGUCCUGUGGGAGCCCUUCUUGGGUUCUUUGUGGCGUUACCCAGCAGGUCCGC